UAUGCAAACAAGCGAUUGGCUGGGUGUCCGAUGGAGACAGACCACACUCACACCACUACGACCUACUUUCUGGACAGCAGUGCGAAACAGCGCCCUCUAUGAGUCAGUUUGCUGGUAGUGUGAUUUUCCUCCCCGAAAAUGACCACUUCCGUUUGCCGACGCGCCACAAUAUUAGCCCCGUAGUGCGAAUAGUUUCGCAGCUGUUCGCCGAUCACUCCGAUAUAUCGUCUGGCAGCACCACGACCGAAAUGGGCGGUUUGUAUCGUCUUCCCGUCGAUACUAUCGAGGGCAAGGAUUCGCUCGAUGAGGAACCGAAACCGGAUCAGCUUCCUGCGAGAACACGGGCUCGCCGGAAGACACGACCGUAUGGGCGACCAAUGAGCACAUACGCGGGUGUGAUCGUGGGCCGCAGCAAAAGCGUCGAUGAUCUCUCGGCCGGUGCGCCUUCCGGUGUACCGGUGCUCGACGAUGAUCACGAUCGCAAAACGGUCCGGGACCGCAAGCAACUGGAAAAGCUGCUCCGCUCGAAGGAGCAACAAAUUGGCAAGCUGGUCGAGAAGCUAACGUCCGUUUUCGAGUGCAACAAUCAGUUCGCGGUGGAACACGAGAAGCUUCAGAAACAGUACGCCCAGGUGGCCCAGAACCUGCGCACACUGGAAACAAUCCAAGCCAAGAGCUGCGACCGUUGUGCGGCCUCCGCGACCGAAUGCGAGCAGCUCGGCAAGGAGAACGGUGACCUGCGGAACGAUUUGAAAAUGAUGAAAAUACUGGUGUACCGAUUGAAUGUGCAGAUCGAGCGGUACCAGGAUUUGGUGCGCGACGGUAAAGGCAGCAUACCGAAGCUCGACUUCGUCGACAGUACGUACGGUGGGGCGAAGGACAAUCUGAACUGGGGACCGGUCAACACGCACACCCUCGGUCCCCUGUUGAACGCGUACGAAGAGAUCAUCGCCGAAAAGACGGACCUGGUGCAGCAGUACGAAACCGAGCUCGUCACCUUCACCGGCCAGAUGAAGCAGGUGAUCGAAGAGAAUGAAUCGGUGCACCGUGAGAUGGAAGGGAUACGCACCGCACAGGCGGGCUGGACGGAUGAAAGGACCCGCUUGCAGGCACAGGUCGGCGUGCUGCGGAGCAAGGCCGAGGUGCAGGCGAAGCGGGCCGAUUUGGCGAAGGAAAAACUCGUCGAGGUGCUGAAAUGUUACGAGCAAAAGGUGCAAGCCCAGUCCCUAGACAUCGAGCGGCUCCAGGAAGCUUACACGCGCAGCAAAACGGAACUAACGUCGCUGAGGAACCUCAACCAAAAUCCGGAAGCCGUUGCCGACAGUUUGAAAGAGUGUCAAAAACUGUUUGCGGAACUUAAGCUUCAACACAGCACCGAUCGCACCCGGCUGACGGAGGAAACCGAAACGAUCAAGGGCGAGCUGCAGAAAAAGUCUACCGAACUGGAGCAGCUGCGACAGAACUAUCAGCAGCAGUUGAGCAUCUUCGAGCGUCAAAAAGAAAUCAACGAUAUUCUAAUGGGCAAGAACGCUGCUCUGAAGGCAACACUGACGCGGGCGCGACAAUCGAAAGAGAUCCUCAAGCAGCGGCUCAAGACGAUGAUGAACUGGGGCAAAGGGACGGAACAACGGAGCGAUCAGCUGCAGGAGUCCUGGCGCAGCAUUAAAGCGCUCCAGGAGCAACUGGCGCAGCGCGACGGUCAACUGCAGGCCCUUCAGCAGCGCCACCAAAUCGACGUGGAACAGCUUCACCGGCGGCUCCAUCAGCGGGAAGAAACUCUGCGCAAAAUAUUGGCCGGCAAGGCCCAGUUUCGUAGGCAGACCUGA